AUGCCGGAGACUUUAGAUCCCGGAACUCCAACUAUCACGCCGCCCGUCUCGCCGGGCGGUGGCGUCGAGAGGCGGCGCUCAAGAAAUCCUCUCAAGAACAUGAUGCAGCAUCUCACUGUGGAUCCCCCUCCGGAAGACGAUGUUCGUGAACCAAGGAGAGCUUCUCUCAUUCGACGUAUCAGUUGGGGGAGGAAGAGUCGCAGUCCUUCUGCUCAUUCUGAUAGGUCUGGUGGUCAGCCUCAAGACCCGAAUCUGUGCACUGCUUGUGCGGGCUGGGCUGCUGAUAUUGACUCUACCUUUGAUACCAUGGAUGACUUCUUUACAAGAGGUCUGAAUCCGACAUCGGCAGAUACUCUUGAGAACAAGGAGAGCACUUUGGGACGGUUGAAGGAUCUGGAAGAGAAUCGCUUCAUGACGAAAUGUCCGCUCUGCAAGCUAUUCCUCUCAGUACAUGUCCCCGGCGAGGGAGAAGGAGAUCUAUAUCUCUCUGGUUUCUCAGCAAGAGAUACGAAUUAUCUCAUCGACAACCACACCAUGUUCGAUCAGGGUCACUCGUCCAAGAAUAAGGUCAAGGGCGUCAGCCCAGCCUUCCUAGGUGUUGUCCCCAAAAAGAGCGGUGAUGGCGCUUUGAGCUGGGAUGUGAGCGCCGAUUGGUUCCGUGGUUCGGGUAUGCUUUACAGAACAUUUCCUGAAGCUGCGCCGACAAAUGAACUUCUCAGCGCAAGGUCAGAAGGAAGACAUUCGCGUGCAAACUCUAUAAGCGGCGAUAACAGCGGAUGGCAGAAGAAGGGUAUUUGGGGUCGCGAGCUGGAGACUAUGAUUGAUAUGGGUAUUGGGCAGGAUUGGCUACGGUUCUGCGAAUUUUAUCACCAGGGACGAUGUGGUCGACGACCAAUUGGACGUGAAAUGCCGGGGUUCAAGCUUGUCGACUGCGCAAAGAAUCCUCCGCAGGUUGUUACCGCGUCUAUCUCCGAGCGAUAUGCUGCGUUGAGUUAUGUCUGGGGAGGAAACACAAAGACAGAGACAUGGCCCAAGGUUGUGUGGGAUGCAGUUAUUGCGUCCAAAGAUCUUGGGAUAAGAUAUCUCUGGGUCGAUCGUCUUUGCAUGGAGCAGCUGCAACCAGUUGAACGUGCAACACAGAUUGCCAGGAUGGACGAAAUCUUCGAAGGUGCGAUUCUGGCGAUUAUCGCAGCUUGUGGUGAAGAUGCCGAUUACGGUCUACCGGGUGUAGGCUCAAGAGCACGACAACAGCAACCAAAGUACGAAUUCGUCAAUUCCAACAUCACACUCGUAUCAAGUCUUCAAGAUCCGAGAAUAGCCAUCAAAGACUCAAAGUGGUACCAGCGAGGCUGGACAUACCAAGAAGGUCUCCUCGCACGACGUCGCCUUAUCUUUACAGAUCAGCAGAUGUACUGGGAAUGCGAAGGCAUGUGCUGUCCAGAGUCACUCAUCCUACCGCUCGAAUUCUACCAUGAUAUGGAGGAGCAGCGCAUGUGCGACUUUAUGAGACCUGGUUUGUUCAACGGCGUGUCGUUUGUGGACGGGAGCUGGGAGCGCUGGAAGAGGCUUCCCGGUAAGGCGGAGGAGCCGAGUACAUUGAGUAUCUUCCGAGAAGCGGAUCAACAUAUCGUGAACUACACAAAACGAGAUCUAACAUACGACCAAGAUUCGCUGAAUGCAUUUUUGGGAAUGUUGAGACGUCUUGAGACGACUAUUGGACGGGGCAAAAUGUUCAAUAUUCUAGGUGUUCCGCUUUGGGCGCCGCAGGGAGAUCAAGGUCCUGCAGUGACAGGACUCCCACGUACACGCGACAUCUUCGCUCUAUCGACAUGUUUCUGGCAUCAUAAAGAAGGCGUGAUAGCCACACGGCGUCCACACAUGCCCAGCUGGACAUGGGCAGGCUGGAAAGGCCCUGUCGAUUUAUACUCGUCUAUUACAGUAGUCGAUCCGGACAGCAAAGCCAUCCAGCGCAAGUAUAACCACCAUCACUACGUCAGUGCCACCCACGUCUCCCGCAACGACCCCAACUCCAUCCGCUGGACUUACUCUCCCAAUAUUGUGCUGGUCAACCGCGACGGAAGCGUAGCCUACGACUUUGGCGCCUCGUCAGCAGUCACAGGCAUGCCCCCUGCACCACCAAACCUGCACCUCCGUCCCUACGGCAUCCACGUCCCCAACCCAUUCGUGUUAGAUCGUGUAAAAGCACGCUCGCACCCCGACGGAUGGAUUUUUAACCGCGUGAGCUGCGACGUAAGGAUGAGUCGCGGUGCUGUUUCGAUGAGAGAGUAUAUCGAACGACAUGCACGGGGCGAACAAAUGAGUGUGCUAUGGUUCGUGGAAGAAGCGCUUGUUAUGCUCCUUGUUGUGGAGAGGGUUGAACGGGAAGGUAGAAUUGUGUGGGAGAGGGUUGGAAGAAUGAGGAUGGGAUUUCCUGAGGAGGCGAGGGAGGUUGUUAAAAGAUGUGUCCGGUUGGAGAAUUUGGUUGCAGAACUGCCUCUGAGACGGUUGGGAGAGGACAUUGUUAUUGAGUAG